UCCGUUAAGAACUCCACCCUAAAAACGUCAUUAAUCAUGCUCUAACCAUUUUCUUAUAUAUUAAUUAAGAAGUAAAAAAAAGUUUCACAAUCAGUCUCACCGUGAUUGAUUAUUAAUACUCUUUACAAAAAUAGAGGAAAAGCAUUAAGUGAAAUCAAUGAUCAGGCUACUCUUUUUGUUCGUGUACAAGUACUCUUGUUGAAAACAUAUUUGAAGACAUGUAAGAGCACGCACAACGCAGGUAUGUUGCACCGUUUCUACAGAUUUAAAAAAAAAAUGGAAAAGGGAGAGAGAAGAAGAAACGAUGUUCCUUUUUUUUUGAAACACAGAAACGAUGUUCCUAAAGAAUCGUUCUUCCUCAUGUUACUCUUCCACAUGUUACUACAUUACAGGUUUGAUUUAUUUUUCUGAUUUAAAAUUUAGUGGUUGAUUAAAUUAUAUUCAAAUUAUUAAUAUUUUAUUUGUUAAGUACUCUUUCUGAGAUACCAAACACUAAUGGUGCUCUAUCCAUGAACAUCCGUAAUCUUUUUGCCUGAAAUAUGAUCAGAUUGCUAUGUGUUCAACUUCGGUUGGUAAAAAUCAGUGAAUCAUGCAAGAAAAGAAUCCUUCCAUACAAAAAAGAAGUUCACACAAAGACAAAGAGUCAAUGCCUUAGGUUUUCUCAAACUUAUAUUAGAAGGAUUUUAAGAAAAAUAAAAAUUUUGAUCAUCAAAUGACUAUCUCUCUAACAUUGCGUACUACCAUUCUUAUCUCCCUAAUCAUUCUCACGUGCUCCAACCGAUGCAUAUCGCAUCCCCGGCUUGCGUCAAGGCUAAUACACUCAAAAUCAAUCAAAACCCAAGAAUUACCAAAGAAAAAUACUGGUUACUUGCAUCCCAAGCCACCUCCCGCUUCCCGUCUAGAUAACAUGUGGACCACAGUGAAUAUCAUCUCACAUGUAACUCCUAUCACACGUCCAGCAGCAUUCCUCGCGAACAUCUCUAUCGGCGACCCACCUGUCCCACAACUUCUACUCAUAGACACAGGUAGUGACUUGACUUGGAUCCAAUGUCAUCCCUGCAAAUGUUACCCUCAAACAAUCCCAUUUUACCGCCCUUCAAGAUCUUCCACUUACCGUGACGCUUCAUGCGAGCCUGCACCACACGCCAUGCCCCGAAUCUCCCAUGACGAAAGGACCAAAACUUGCCAAUACUACCUCCUCUACCGCGACAAUUCAAGCACCAGAGGUACCUUAGCUGAGGAAAAGCUCACGUUUCAGACAUCAGACGACGGUUUGGUCUCCAAACAAAACAUUGUUAUAGGCUGCGGACAAGACAACUCCGGUUUUACUCAAUACAGCGGCGUGCUAGGUUUAGGACCAGGUAAGUCCAUAGUAACUCGCAACUUCGGCUCUAGAUUCUCUUACUGCUUUGGUAGCUUAACCGAUCGGACCAACCCACACAACAUUCUUACCCUCGGAGACGGCGCCAGAACUGAAGGCGAUCCAACACCUUUACAUAUAUUCCAAGACCGUUACUACCUUGACCUCCAAGCAAUCUCUUUAGGUCAGAAACUUCUCGACAUCAAACCCGAUGUUUUCAAGAGAUAUGGGUCCCAAGGAGGUACCGUCAUCGACACGGGUUGCUCACCAACGAUCCUAGCCAGAGAAGCUUACGACACACUCUUUGAAGAAAUAAACUUCCUUCUUGGAGAUGUUCUCACACGCGUUAAAGAUUGGGAUCAGUACACAAAACCUUGCUAUGAAGGGAACAUGAAAGCUAAUCGUUUAGGGUUUCCCGUCGUCACGUUUCAUUUCGCCGGCGGCGCUGAGCUGACGUUAGACUUUGAGAGUUUGUUUGUUGAAAGUGAAGAUGGAGAGAGCUUUUGCUUGGCUAUGAGUAUGAACACGUUCGAUGAUAUGAGUGUUAUUGGUGCCAUGGCUCAGCAGCAUUAUAACGUUGGUUAUGAUCUUCUAACUAUGAAUGUUUAUUUCCAGAGAACUGAUUGUGAGAUUCUUGAUUCUUAAUAUAAAAAAAAAUGUUCUAUUAAACUGAUAUUUUUUAGAAAGAUUGGUAGGUAACAGAUAUAAUGCAUGUAACAUAUAACAACAUAUCACUAUUAUUUCUUCAAAUGAAGUUUAAAAAAAUAAAAAUAAAAUAAUUAUACAAACAGUAUUAUUCUCUUUACUCAGACAAAACUA